AUGUCCAUGAAUCCAUCCACCACGGUUGCCAUUGCUGGUAUCACUGGCAGUCUUGGGAGGCUCAUCGCCGAGUACCUCUUGGCUAAACCUAACGUUCGUGUCCAUGGCCUCUGCCGUACACCUUCCAAGCUUCCAAGUCAGCUCCGCAACGAACCGCGUCUCMCCAUCCAUACCACGUCUUCAACCGAUAGCACCACGCUCCGAGCCGCUGUUCAUGGUGCCGAUGUGGCCAUCUGCUGUUAUCUAGGCCCUCCUUCCUUGAUGGUUGACGGACAAAAACUCCUCAUCGACGCAUGCAUCGCUGAGGGGGUUCCUAGGUAUAUUGCCGGGGAUUGGUCGAUGGAUUUCCGCAAGUUGGAGCUCGGCCAACACCCCCCUAAGGAUCCGAUGAAGCUUGUACAGGCAUAUCUAGAGGAUAGGGAGGCGCAGGGACGGAUAAGUGCCGUUCAUGUUCUAAAUGGAUGUUUCUUAGAACGGCCGUGGGUAGGAAUGUGGGAUGCCAAAGGCCAUCUGUUCAAGUAUUGGGGCACGGGAGAUGAACGUUGGGAAUUCACCACGUAUCGAAAUGCAGCUCAGUUCACAGCAGAGAUCGCAGUGGACCAGGAUGCAGUAGGGUGGUUUUCUUUUCGUGGCGACCACGUCAAUAUCAAAGAGAUCGUCGCAGAAUUUCGGGACAUCUAUGGUGAAGAGCCGGGCAUGGUACGACUGGGAAGCUUAGAGGAUCUCUACAAGCUUAUGCAUGAGACACGAAACCAGAAUCCAGACAACGCCAUGGCCUGGUUAGGUCUGUUCUACACGUACUAUUCGCUUAACGGCCAGACGACCUUACCGCUACCGCUCCACAAUGAUCGUUAUCCUGCUGUCAAGCUGGUCACUGUGCGGGACUUCUUUCGCCAAACGCCGAAGGAACGGAUUGGGAGGUUUGGGAUACUGCAGCCGUCAGGAAAGUAA